AGCAUGCGCGCGACUGCUCCGGCCCACAUCGCUAUGGCAGCGGCGUCGCAGUGGGUCGGGUUCCCGCGCUCCUGCCCGGGCCUGAUUGCUUCAACAACAGCUCGCUCCGCAGCCUCUAGGGCAUGAGCGGGGCCUCCUGCUGCGGGCUGCUGCUGUCGCCGCAUCCCGACUUUGGGCCAGACUGGGAACAUGCCCCUGGCCGCCUACUGCUACCUGCGGGUCGUGGGCAAAGGCAGCUACGGGGAGGUGACGCUCGUGAAGCACCGGCGGGACGGCCGGCAGUAUGUCAUAAAAAAACUGAACCUUCGAAAUGUCUCCAGCCGAGAACGGCGAGCUGCUGAACAGGAAGCCCAACUCUUAUCUCAGCUGAAGCAUCCCAACAUUGUCACCUACAAGGAGUCAUGGGAGGGCGGAGAUGGUCUACUCUAUAUUGUCAUGGGCUUCUGCGAAGGAGGUGAUCUGUACCGAAAGCUCAAGGAGCAGAAAGGGCAGCUUUUGCCCGAAAGUCAGGUGGUAGAGUGGUUUGUACAGAUUGCCAUGGCUUUGCAGUAUUUACAUGAGAAACACAUUCUUCAUCGAGAUCUGAAAACUCAAAAUGUCUUCCUAACAAGAACAAGCAUCAUCAAAGUGGGUGACCUAGGAAUUGCCCGAGUGUUGGAGAACAACUGUGACAUGGCUAGCACCCUCAUUGGCACACCCUACUACAUGAGCCCUGAAUUGUUCUCAAACAAACCCUACAACUAUAAGUCUGAUGUUUGGGCUCUGGGAUGCUGUGUCUAUGAAAUGGCCACCCUGAAGCAUGCUUUCAAUGCAAAAGACAUGAAUUCUUUAGUUUAUCGGAUUAUUGAAGGAAAGCUGCCACCAAUGCCAAGAGAUUAUAGCCCAGAGCUGGCAGAACUGAUAAGAACAAUGUUGAGCAAAAGGCCUGAAGAAAGACCCUCUGUGAGGAGCAUCCUGAGGCAGCCUUAUAUAAAGCGCCAAAUCUCCUUCUUUUUGGAGGCCACAAAGGCAAAAACCUCCAAAAACAACAUUAAAAAUGGUGACUUUAAAUCCAAACCUGUUGCUACAGUGAUUUGUGGAAAGGCAGAGUCAAAUCAUGAAGUAAUCCACCCCCAGCCACAUUCUUCCGAGGUCUCCAAAACAUAUAGAAUGGGUGAAGACAAUUGUUUGUCCCAGGAGAAACCUGUGGUUGUUGGUUCCUUGAAGUUACCUUCCUGUCUGAAAGCCCAUACCUGCAAACAAAACUUGAGCAAUGCUACAGAACUAGCCACAAUCAGUAGGGUAAAUAUUGACAUUUUACCUGCAGAAAGGAGGAACUCAAUGAGUGAUGGCUUAGUUCAGGAAAAUCAACAAAGACACAUGGAUGCCUCUAAUAAAUUAGCAGAUAAAUGCAGUAUUUCUCAAGUGAAAGAGGAGAUGCUGCAGGAUAACACUAUAUCCAGUGUUCAGCCUAAACACCUGAUUCCUACUUGGUCCUCUGACACUGUCACUGGGGAAAAGAAUGAACCAGGGAAACCUUUGCAGCACCCAAUCAAAGACCAAAAGCCAAGGGACCAGGAUCAAGUUGCUGAUGAAUAUAUUAUAGAAAAACAGGACAGAAUUUACCAGGGUUUACAGCCACACAGCUCUGCAUCUGAACCUUCCUUGUCUCGACAGCGGCGGCAGAAGAAAGAACAGACUGAGCACAGUGGGAAAAAGAGACAGUUCCAAGAGUCACCUCCUCAACUUUUGCCUUCACAUCCUAUUGUUGGAAAAGUGGAUAUCAUGGCAACACAAAAAGAUGCUGAAAACCAAAGUAGAAUGGUUGCUGGGUCUGUGAUCAGUUCGAGGAGCAGUGAGAUAUCAUCAUCAAAGGAUCGACCAUUAUCAGCCAGAGAGAGGAGGCGACUGAAACAGUUACAGGAAGAGAUGUUCCCCUCAGGCCCUUCAGUGAGUAGAGCUUCUCUGAAUGCAGCAGGGCCAAGGAAACCACAGGAGGAAGGCCAGCCCAUCCCUGCCCGACCAUUCUCCAACUGCAGCAUUGCUCAGGAAAGGAAGCUGAUUCAUUGUCUGUCUGAGGAUGAGUUAAGUUCUUCUACAAGUUCAACUGAUAAGUCAGAUGGAGAUUUCAGGGAAGGACAAGGUCAUACAAAUGAAAUGAAUACCUUGGUACAAUUGAUGACUCAGACCCUGAAACUGGAUUCUAAAGACAGCUCUGAAGAUCUCCCAGUACCAAAUUCAGUGUCAGAAUUUAAACUUCAUCGGAAAUACCGGGACACACUGGUACUUCAUGGCAAAGUUGCAGAAGAGGGAGAGGAACUCCAUUUUAAAGAGCUACCUUCAGCUAUUAUGCCAGGUUCUGAAAAGAUCAGGAGAAUAGUUGAAGUCUUGAGAGCUGAUGUAAUUCGGGGCCUAGGGGUUCAACUUUUAGAGCAAGUGUACGAUCUUUUGGAAGAGGAUGAUGAAUUGCAGAGAGAGGUACGUUUGCGGGAGCAUAUGGGUGAAAAGUAUUCAACUUACAGUGUGAAAGCUCAACAGUUGAAAUUUUUUGAAGAAAAUGUGAAUUUUUGAGAAUAUACUUUAAUCUGCCAGAACUAAGACUUA